UUCACAUUUCGUGACUGUUUCAAUUCUGUGAUGACGUCAAAUACAUAUGUUUUUGCGAUGUAUACAUGGCGUUUGUCAAAUCGAGGAUAAGAGGAAGUUUACGUUAAAUAUUAAAUCAUGGAUGGUGGUCCAACGAAAAACACAGAUUCGCAAUUUAUAUCAUUCCACGAUUUCCCAUCGAUGAGCCAUGCAGACAAUCCUGAUGGACAGCUGAACACUGGGACUUCGACUCAUCAGCCUUUCCAUAACUUGUCAAACGAUUCCACGGGUAUCGGCAUCGUCGAAGAUCUACAGGGAAUUCCCAAUAAAACUGAAGGUACUUCUCAACCUAACUUUUGGACGAUCGAAUAUUAUCAAAAGUUCUUCAAUGUCAAUACAAGCGAUGUUGUGGAAAGGCUUAAGCGAUCCAUGGUACCACAUGGUAGCGAUAAUUAUCUUAUAACGCACAUAAGACCAAAUCCAGAUUUGUACGGACCCUUUUGGAUAUGUGUGACUUUGGUAUUCUCCAUUGCAAUCAGCGGGAAUAUGGCAAACUAUUUACAGACUGCCAGUUCCGCCAAAUAUCAUUGGAAGUAUGAUUUUCAUGUCGUUUCAUACGCAGCCACUUGCAUAUUUUUGUAUGCAUGGCUUCUACCGUUAGCCCUAUGGGGUGCAUUAAAAUGGACUUACGGUUCAAGAAAUACUGAAGAGGAGUUAAUUGAGUCUUAUGCUGCCCCAGGACUUUUAGAACUCUUAUGUUUAUAUGGAUACUCCUUAAGCAUUUACGUUCCGGUAGCUUUUCUAUGGACAAUUCAAAUUGGUUGGUUGCAAUGGAGUCUAGUCAUACUAGCAACAUUUUGCUAUCUGGAGGGAGUUUUGCUACGAUCGUUGUUGCCAGUGAUUGCAGGUAAAAGAUAUAUCACUAUUAUCAUAGUAAUUUUGGGUAUGCAUUUACUACUGGCAGCAGGGUUUAUGUUGUAUUUCUUUCACGUGCCGUCUAACAGCACCGUGCCACCUAUGCCUGAACUAGUUGCUUCCUCAAUGCAAACCAAUGUGCUUCAUAAAGUAGCACAAAAUAACAGUUCCGUAAGCUCUACUUCUUAAAAUAUCAUCUAGAUGUAGAUUUGACGAUACAGCGAUUUUUGAGACUAUUCAGAAAGUUUGUCUAUAUUUCUUCGCGCAUGUGUAUAUCGGAUUCAUUUAAAAAAGAAUAUUAUAUAUAUAUACCAUCGAAUUUUUUUCUAUAAAUACCAAUCGAUGAAUAAGUAUCGGACAUGACGUUAAUCAGCAUAUCGAUCUUCGUUUGUGUGAAAGUAAUAUUUGUACUGUGAUUGAAAUCAUAUAUAAUACGCAAGUUAAGAAUAAAGAAUAUUCCGAUUCCACA